GUUUUAACACCUCAGCAUAUAUGAGUUGGUGUGUUGGAUCAAGAAAGGGAAAAAAAGGACAAUAAACAAAACAAUAGAAAACCGAUUUUAGUCAUAUCUACUAUGAAACACUCAGAUCUUAUCAUAUGUAUCACACAGAUUUUAUGGUUUUCAGAACCAGGAUUUGGACAUUUUUCUCAUGUAAAACUACAAACGGAGGGAAAGGAGUGAAUAAGAACAAGAAACUGAAACACAAGGAAGAAGAGGGAGAGAGAAAUCAUGAAUAGAAGUUAUUUUCGACAAGAAAUGGGUAUUGUAAUGUAAAAUUGGGCUUCGUAUUUUUUCUAAAAUUUCCAUGCAAGUCAUAAGAUUAUACUGUUCUUUUUUUUUUUUUUUUAAGGCAAGAGUUGGAUAUCUUGUAUGUGAUGACAAUUCGGAGUAUCUUGGAAUUUGUGAAUCCUUGGAAGUGUUAUAUCCAAACCCCAUUAUUUUCUGUAGUUUCUUAGGAAUCAGUUGGAAUUAACAACUCCUGCUUCAAUUUCUUAGGAUAUGGACAGGCCCUCAAAGAAAAUGUGGGAAACUAUUGGGGUACAACUCAUGCAAAUAACUCUGCAUUGGAAAAUAUCAAUGUCAUGAAUUAGGAUGGGUUUUAGCUAGGAGGAAGCCUCCUGGGUGGUGCACAAAAUGGUGUGCUCACAGUGUGCUCUUUGAGAUCCAUUUGUAUGGAUUGAUAAAGGAAUGAAUACCGGUAUUCAAGAUGCUCAUAAUCUUGCCUGGAAAUUAGCUUCUCUUGUGAAGGGUAUUGCACCAUCUUCAAUUCUUCACACUUAUGAUACAGAACGUAGACCGAUUGCCAUUUUCAAUACUGAGCUUAGUAUUCAGAACUUCAGAGCAGCCAUGGCAGUGCCUGCUACACUUGGUCUUGAUCCAACUGUUGCAAACUCAGUACAUCAAGUUAUCACCAAUGGCAUUGGUUCCAUUUUACCUUCUGGACUACAGAGGGCAGUUUUGGAUGGAAUUUUCACUAUAGGUCGUGCACAGGUCUCAGAAUAUCUUUUGAAUGAAAAAAACCCAAUUGGAUCUUUUAGGCUUGCUAAACUAAGGCGUAUAUUUGAAGAAGGAAAGAGUCUUCAACUCCAGUUUCCUGCAGAGGAUCUUGGUUUCAGGUAUCUCAAAGGAGCACUUGUACCUGACAGUGACAGUGCACAGGAUGCACUGGAAGCACCUACUGGCCGUCGGAGGGACUAUAUUCCCACUGGAGCUCCUGGGUCAAGGCUACCCCAUAUGAAUGUGAGAUUAUUGUCAAAUCUAACUAGUGAGGAGAUUUGCUCUACCCUGGAUCUGGUAUCAGGAGAUAAAGUAGAGUUCCUUCUCAUUAUAGCCCCAGUAAAGGAGUCCUACCAGCUAGCUCAUGCCGCAUUGAAGGUGGCAGAGGAAUUUAAAGUUUCUGCCAAGGUCUGUGUAAUGUGGCCUAGUAACACUGACACUGGAGUUAAAAUAAGUAGUGCAGGGGCAUUGAUGGCUUGGGAGAGCUACGUAGAUGUGGUGGAAGUGGAAGUUAAGAGGUCAUCGACAGUGAAGUCAUCGUGGUGGGAUAUGUGUCAGAUGACUGACAAAGGAGCCAUCCUAGUGAGGCCUGACGAGCAUAUUGCUUGGCGUGUUAAGGCAGGAAUUAUUGGGGAUCCCAUCUUGGAGAUGCAACGGGUUUUCUCUGCCAUUUUGGGAGUUGAGUCCUCUACAGCACCCCUCCCCCAUACGCAUAUAUGAAAGAAGUUGUCAAUGCUCAAUGAGACAGAUAUUUAAACUACCUGCAUCUGGAUAGGAGGGAGCACUCAUCUUCCACUAGAUGUGCCCUCCAUUUGUAGUAGUAGCUGCAGAGUCCUAGCAAUUUGGAUGGGUUUCUUUUAGGAGGAUAAAUUCAGCAAUUUGAUUAAACUACUAAUCCAGAUGCUGAAGUUUAUAGCAGUGGUGUUUUAAGAGAUUUCUUUCAGGUAAAAACACUAUACAGUUCCCUCUCUCAGGUGAUUUUGUAAAGUAUAUUUAUUCAUUUAUAUGACCAUCAUUUAUGAAAGCAAAAUAUUCAUUUUAA